AGACACAAAAAAAAACACAUGGUAUGUGCCAGUAGACGCAUCCAGGCACUUGAUCGCCAUCAAAGAACUGCAAUCAAUUUGCUAUUAUGAAUCAUGAGGUUGUGUUGAUCGGGUAAAAAGCCGUUUAUCCAGUCGUAGAAUAUUCCCAAGUCCUGUAAAUAGCUGCUAAACCAUCGCAUUUAGUAUCGGGACGCGUUCAAGCGCCGGCUUUUACCUCGUGUUUUAGUUGUCAAAUUUCCGAAAAAUGGCGGACCUGAGUAACAAGAGUCGUCUACAAAACUUCAAGAACAAAGGCAAAGAUCAAGAUGAAAUGCGAAGGCGGCGCAACGAAGUUACCAUCGAACUUCGGAAAAACAAACGGGAAGAAACGCUACAGAAGCGUCGCAACGUGCCACUGAUCGACUCGACUGACGAAGAUGAUGUCGACAAGAAUCUUUCCAACAUAAAUUUGGAGCAAUUGGUGGCCCAAGCUGCGGGAGCAGACAACCCGAACAUCCAAUUGGUCGCUGUUCAAUCCGCAAGGAAGUUGCUAUCUUCCGAUCGAAACCCUCCAAUAGAUGCGCUGAUCCAAAGCGGAAUUUUGCCGAUUUUAGUCACAUGUUUAGAACGACACGACAACCCGCCCUUGCAAUUCGAGGCUGCAUGGGCCUUAACAAACAUUGCCUCCGGCACAUCGGCUCAAACGAAUAAAGUGGUUGCAUCCGGAGCGGUUCCUCUGUUCCUUAUGCUGCUGCAUUCUCCUCAUCAGAACGUGUGCGAACAAGCAGUAUGGGCUUUGGGGAACAUAAUUGGAGAUGGGCCAGUUUUACGAGACUAUGUUAUUGAAUUGGGCGUUGUUCAACCGCUUUUGUCCUUUAUAAAGCCCGAAAUUCCCAUCUCAUUUCUCAGAAAUGUUACGUGGGUGAUUGUCAAUCUAUGUAGGAAUAAAGACCCUGCGCCUCCAAUCCGCACCAUCGAAGAGCUGUUGCCAGCGCUCAGCGCAUUGAUACAUCACUCGGAUGUAAAUAUUUUAGUGGACACGGUGUGGGCUUUGAGCUAUUUGACUGAUGGUGGUAAUGAGCAGAUCCAGAUGGUCAUAGACAGUGGGGUUGUGCCCAAGCUGAUUCCCCUCUUGAGCCACCGAGAAGUGAAAGUUCAAACUGCCGCUUUGAGGGCAGUCGGCAAUAUUGUGACAGGCACUGAUGACCAAACGCAGGUGGUUUUGAAUUGCGAUGCCCUCUCUCACUUCCCUGCCUUGUUAACCCACCCGAAAGACAAGAUUUGCAAAGAAGCUGUGUGGUUUUUGUCCAAUAUCACUGCCGGCAAUCAACGUCAAGUUCAAGCCGUUAUAAAUGCCGGGCUUCUGCCUAAAAUCAUCUAUAACCUCAGCAAAGGCGACUUUCAGACUCAGAAGGAGGCAGCGUGGGCCAUUUCGAAUUUAACUAUUGGCGGCAACAAGGAGCAGGUUGGUCGAUUGAUUCAAGACGGCGUCAUACCGCCUUUCUGCGAUUUGCUCAACUGUAAAGAUGCUACAGUCAUUCAAGUUGUUUUGGACGGCAUAAACAACAUGCUUAAAAUGGCCGGACCUCAAGUAGAACAACUUUGCGCCAUGAUAGAGGAAUGUAGCGGCUUGGAUAAAAUCGAAGCGCUCCAGAGCCAUGACAAUGUCGACAUUUACAAGUUGGCCUAUGAAAUAAUUGAGCAAUAUUUCAGCGGCGAUGCUGAAGAUGAUCCGAGUUUGGUGCCAAGUGCAGCCGAUGGUGAAUUCAACUUUGAUCCGAACACGAACGUGCCCAAUGAGGGCUUUAAGUUUUGAUCGGUUGGAUUAGGCAACUCUUGCUUGACUACGACUCUUCCGCUUUUCUUGUUUGGUUUUGAAACAUACUAGAACACGUCAUGUACGUUCAUUUCAACAUGUACAUAUAUUUCGGGGCAAUUAAUUUAAUGCGAGAUCUCAUGAGUUUGACUAGCGAAAUUUCCUUUGAAUGCUUUUAGAAGUUUCAUUCAGUUUCGUAUUAAUUGAACGCAAACGCGCGGCCAUUGAUUGUAUAUAGGCCGUUGUUUUUUUCUUACUAUUUGACGUGAACGUACAUUGCAUUGAAAAGGACGGGAAUGAGGCUUGGCUGAUUGGCAGAAAAUAAUUUUCAAUUGUAAUUAAUAAUGACAAUUUUCUUAUUUGAUUUCGCUGUAAGUGCUUUAUAUCUAGAGCUAAUCAAUAAUAAAACGGUCAUAUCGGACGAUAAUAUUGUUCUCAAUUAACCUUUCACUAAAUAAUAUGUUGGAAAUCCUAGCGACUCGUCCUCCUUCUGUCUCCAGUUCUGUUCUAUUUAUGUGCACUACAUCUACAGGGUGGUUUCUUAAUGUUGCAAAACAUUUUUAUUAAAUUCGAAAUGAUGGGUAAGUUUUUUUUGAUUUUAACGAUUUUUUGUUGCAAUAUUUCCCAAGCGCCCUGUACAUUUAUUUCAGUUAUUUUUACCAUAAUUUUAGUUAAUGCGAUACCGAGCCCUUGAGGUAUCUUUAUUAGGAUCUGUCAAUAUAUUUAUGAUAUAUAUACUUAGAUUUAUCUUUAGCCAACAAUAAAAAAAUUCGUACUA